AUGGCGGCGGUGCGGGCCGCGCUGCUGGCGCCGCUGCUGGCGCUGUGCCGGGCCGGGCCGGGGCCUGCGCCCGCCGCCCGGGUGGAGGUGGCGGUGACCGGGCCGGGGCCGGGGCAGGGCCCGGGGGAUGGUGGCGGCAGCGCGGCCGCGGGGCCCGGAGGCUCCUACACACUGCGCGGUGCCGUGCUGGGAGCGGGGGGGCCGCGGGACGAGGAGGAGCAGGAGGAGAUCCGCGGGCGGCUGCUGCUGGUGGGGGACGCGGAGCCCGAGCUGGGCACUGACGGCAGCUGGAUCGGGGUGGUGCCGGUGGGCGAGGAGCCGGCGGAGCUGCCCCGCGGCGCCCGCGAGGAGUCCUUCACCACCGCCGUCGUCAGCAAGAUGAAGCGAGCCCUGGUUCUGGGGGCCUCGGCCCUGCUCAUCCUGGCACUGAACCAGAAUGCCAUCCGGGAGCUGGACGUGUCCCAGCUUCUUGCCAAGCCCGUGAUCGUGAUCCAGUCCUCGGACAACGUCACCAGGCUGCUGGGAGCGCUGCUGCGGUAUGGCUGGGGUUGUGGGGCUGUGCCCUGCUCCCUGCCUGGCCAGGCCGCCCGGCGGUCCUCAUGCACAGUGCAUGGGCUGGGGGCGAGCUGGAGCAGUGCAGAGCCCACAUGGCAGGUUACCAGCAGCCCUGGUGCUGUCAGUGCUCGUCCCCACCACUGCAGUGAUGGGACCCCUCGGUCUUUCCUACACGUGGUCAGUGGGGAUCGCUGCUGUGGUGUCAUGGGGGGAAACUGAGGCAGGGCACUGGGGGGAAGAGGUUGUGCGGGGUUGCUCAGGGCUGGGCAGGGGCAGUCCC